GUUUCGCUUAAAUCGAAACACUCCGCGUUUUCCGAUACUUUUCCGGUCUCAAACUAAAAGUUGAAGUUCAUUCAAUUAUUGGGGGUAAUGAAGAGGUCACGACGUCAUAAAUUUAUAAAGUUGUCGGUGUUCUUUCUUGUGUAUUCGAUAAUCCAUGUCGUAUCGAUUCACCCAGAUAAGAAAAACGCCACUCUGCCAGAACUAAAACACACCGACUUAAUUGUAAAACGAGAAGCGGAACAUUCUAGUACCAGUGAAAGCUCUACCACCAAUGAUCAUCAGCCGUUGUCUACUACUAAGCACGCAUCGUCCUCUACGAAUGCACCUACAACGAAGACAAGUUUUACUACUAAAAAAGCAGAGAACGAAACAUGUAUUCCGGCAGCAAUACGACAGUUCCCAAAACCGUUAAUGCCUCCUGACGUGCGGAAACAUGGAGGCUUGAUACUCCACAUUAUCAUCGCCAUUUACAUGUUCGUCGGAUUAGCAAUUGUGUGCGAUGAAUAUUUUGUGGCUUCCUUAGAUCGGAUUUGUGAAGAACUGAAAAUGGCUCCUGACGUUGCUGGGGCGACGUUUAUGGCCGCCGGCAGCUCAGCUCCCGAAUUAGCAACCGUCAUUAUAGGGGUUUUUUACGCCGAGGAUGAUAUAGGAAUUAGUGGCGUCAUUGGCUCCGCAGUCUUCAAUAUCAUGUUUGUAAUAUCGGUUUGCGCAUUGGUCUCUGGCACAGUGGUCUACUUAAAUUGGUGGCCUUUGGUUAGGGAUUCAAUAUUUUACGCCAUUUCGAUUUUGGUCAUGUUGGCAGUAAUUGGAGAUGAAUAUAUAAAUUGGAUAGAAUCUACGGUUAUGCUAAUAACUUACCUCAUCUACUGCAUAGUAUUGCAUUACAAUACGGGCUUAGAAAAAUGGGCGCAUUCUUUACCCAUUCCAUUUAAAAAUUUGGGUCCAACGGAACAAUCAGGUUUGGUAACAUACAAAAAUUUGGACGAAGAUGGCAAACAUACAAACUAUGGCAUGGAAAAUAGCCCGUCGGCUGAGCAACAACGGCAACAGCAGCACGAAUGGCAUCCCAGUCACGAGUAUCAAACAAGUCAUGAAUGGCAGCCUGGUCAGGAUUGGAGUCCUGAGAAAACCCAAGCCGACGAUUCAACCAUGCAUAAUCAGCUUAGUGGUCCAGAUCUCAACCGGGCAACUAACGAAACUCCGUCUCCUCGACCCCAAGUUGCGACUACUACCAUACAGCAGGACUAUUAUAAACCAAAAGAAUACGACCCCAGUACAAAAAUAAACCCUUUACUUAAACCCGAAGAUUCUGGAAUUUGGACACAAAUCAAAUGGUACGCUCUAUACCCGAUUCAUUUCUUUUGCAUAUACACAAUGCCUGACUGUCGAAGCGACAAGUACAAAAACUGGUAUCCUUUCACUUUCGUUGUAUCGAUGCUUUGGAUAUCAUUUUACUCCUACUUUAUGGUGUGGAUGAUUACCAUAAUUGGGUACACCUUGGGAAUACCCGAUACCGUUAUGGGACUAACUUUUGUCGCUGCUGGUGUUUCAGUUCCUGACGCCCUUUCUAGUAUAGCAGUUAUAAAAGAAGGCUACGGAGAUAUGGCUGUGUCAAAUGCAAUAGGAUCGAACGUUUUCGACAUUUUAAUUUGCUUAGGUCUUCCUUGGUUUCUCAAGACUGCCAUCGUACAACCUGGAAUUCGAGUGAGAGUGUUGAGCAAAGGGUUGACGUAUUCCACGUUUUCUCUUCUAUCGACUGUCAUUUUCUUAGUAGUCGCUAUACAUUAUAACGGAUGGAAACUCGAUCGGAAGUUUGGCAUAGUACUUAUGAUAUGGUACUUGGUGUUCAUAACCUUCGCCAGCUUAUAUGAACUGAAUAUAUUCGGCGAAUGGAACCCAAGGGAAUGUCCAACGGAUUGGUUAGUAUAAGCCUUGGCAAAAAUGGACGGAAGAUAAAGAAGUUCAAUAUAUCUUGAAUCUUUAAUGUAUACAGAGUAACUGGAAUACGACGAACAAUUUGUUAUUGGUUUUAUUUUCUUGACAGUUUUUCAUGUAAUUCGUAUUUUUGAGAAUAGUUUAAGCCAAAUACUAAAUUAAAUAUUGUAAAGAAGUUAAAUCAAUUAGGAAUAUUUUUGACGCAUUGUAGAAACCGAUGUUGAUGCAAUUACGUUUAUUUAUUUCGAAAACAAUUUUAAAGCGUUGGUUGUAAUGUGACAUCGCAAAAAGGUUUUGUAUUGAAAACGUUUAUUUAGAAAAUAUAAGAGAUGAAUAGAAAAAUUUAAUAUAGUCAAAAAAUGGGAUCUUCUAAGAGAGAUGGAAAAUGUAACCACAGCGUUAGUAUAGUACCAUUUGACGUCCCACUUUAACUCUUAUAGUCUCGACAUCUCUUAAACAGGAGGUUUGACUUAGGCUGCGACACAAUUUUUCGUUUUCCGUAUAUCGUAUAGGUAGCAAUAAAUCUAAUUAAUUUGAGUUGAUUUUCUUGUCCUAUAUAAAUUUUUUGCAUUACUUUAAUGAUUAUAACUACACGGUGAUUAAAAAUGAAAUUAGAAGACAAAGUUUAACUAAGGUAAGUUCUGUUUUUCUAAAAAAAUAAUCAAAAUCACAUUUUAGUUCCUAUUUUCUACAGUUACACAAACAAUAUCGUGCUGCUUGUGCUCAAAAUUUCGAAAUAUUGGCCAUAUAACAUAUUUCACUGUAAAAGUGGCCUCUUUAUAACGUGCACGAAUGUUCUUUACCAUGGUUCUUAAUUUCCUAUAUUUUCUGAGAUAAAAUUAAUGCCUCCCAUUUUAUUUGCAAUUACAGAUAUGUCAUCAUUUAAGAUCAAAUUUGCCUGUUGACUUGUGGGAAAUAAUUAGUGAGUUUUGUUAAAUUAUCCGUGAUUCGGCAAAAUCUUUUUUGUUUAACAUAAACGUUUCUAGAUAAUUAUUAAAAUUUAAUUAUAUUAAAACAUAUCUAAAACCCAACUACAUAUAAAUACGUUUUACAAUUCAAGAUUUUUUUACAUGAAUUACACGAGUUAAUAUAUUUUUCAAAACAUUAACCAACCAUAAUCGAAAAUAUACCAACUACUCCAUAACAGAUAAAUACAAAACUAGGAAAAAAAACUAGAAUUCAGCAAAAUGUUUCUUUCUCACCUAUUUGACAUGUUGUCAAAUACAAAAGGUACUUGAAAAUUCAAUAUUUUGUGGGAUCUUUAAUAAUCACUGAUAUUUGAGAUUCCCCGCAAUUGCAAAUUGCAAUGUUCAAAGUUGGAAAGAUGUUUAUGAUAAAUCACUAGUGUAAAAUGAUUUAUAAGUAGGGCGUUCAACUGCACCUUUUUCAAAAUGCAAAAAAUCAAUAGAAAAGAUAAAAAACUGUCACCUGCUUUUUUUUUUCUGAAAACUAGUCGAGUUGGAAAUAUGCGACCAUUUCUUUUUAAAGAACUAUGUUCAGAUCAUAUCAAUCAUGUUUAAACGAAGAAAUAAUAAAAAAUUACACACAUCUGUGUUAUAUUUUCUCCAGAAAAAUUAAGAAAUUAAAAUAGUCGCAUUCUGAUUAAUUAUCUAGUGAAUUUAAUUCGAUUUAAUGACCAACCCACCAAGGCUUCCCGGAGAAGAUCAUACUUUUUUUAAAUAUUGAAAAUAUACAAAUUUUAUCUGUUUUAGACUAUUAGAAAUUUACCAUUUUACGAAACCCAAAUAAAAGUCAAACUUCAAUACCACAUACAAUUAUAGAAUAAAAUACAUACAAUUUCUCACAAUUGUACCAUCUCGACCUAACUGGUAUUGCAUAAAUACUAGCAGUGAUGGAACAUUUAUAAACAGAAUCGCAUCAAAAUGGGUAGCAUUAUUUAAAUAAUAUUGAUUAAAUAAUACUGAUAUUUUCAUUAUACUGUUUGCUUUAUAGAGACCAAUUUCCUGUAAUAAUAUAUAUUUAAGAUAUAGGCUAUAGAACGGAACGUAUAAGUAACAGCUAACAUAAACAAGACAAGAGUCAUUCUCCUAGAUUCUCUUGCUGUUAGAUCACUUGCCCUUAUUGGAGUACCAAUAUUACCAUUAAAUAGGACUGAACGUUUAGGACUCCCAUGAAGUGCUUACGAAAGGUAGGGGGAUAGAAAGACAAACUAAGAACUGUCCUCGUCUUGUUUAUGUCACAUUUUUUGGUUGGAAUAGCUCAUAAUUUUGAAUCCCUUAGGACCAACGCUUUUGUCGAUUAUUUUCGUAUUUUAGUAAUAAAACAGCAAAAUGUUUCCCGUGUCUAUCUAUCCAACUGCUUCUGAUUAAAUAAACACUCUAGAAUAGGAAAAAACAAAAGGAAAUACCUAGUCAUGCUAUGCGUAUAUAGGCAAAAAUGCGUAUUUAAAAUAAGUAGGUAAAUAAAAUCACCUAUUAUGAAGGUGAAUUAAAAAAUCUUUGAAUGAUUUGAACGAAAUUUAGCACGUUGCUAGUGUUAAGCAUUCACAUCAAGCGUAGGUGUGAAAAGAAAAAGCUAGGCGCAACUAUAUUUUGCACUUUUUGUAUUCUAUCAAUAAAUACUAAAAUCCACUUUUUAAUUUAUAGUAGAUAUUUGUUUGAGAAAAACCAUAGUGUUGGUCAGCAUCUGUUAAAAUCUCACAAAUAUUUAGUUUGCACUACGCCUCUCACGAGAUUUUUAAACUUAACGACGAUCUUGGUUAUGUAAAAUGAAGAACACUAGCAAGACGGUAGUUGGAACAUGUUAGCUCACUAUUACUGGAUGCCCAGAAAAAAUGUUCCUUACGUUGAAUAUUCUAGUCCAAAAUUACCAUAAGAAGUGUUAAAUCUCGAUCCUUCCGGUGCCAAAUGUAGUUUAUGCCUUAAUAUGAAGCUAGCAAAACGUUUUUCUUAAUUAGAGUUAGGUAUCAACUGCCGGUGCCCUUUAAAAAUUUUCAUUAAGCAUUCCAACCAAAAGUGAAAAUAUUAUACGUGCCAUGUCUUUUAUCGAAUAUAGUGAUCACAAUACAAAAUAUUUUAAAGAAAAUUAUAAAUUAAAAUAAAAAAGGAUCAUUGUAUUUGAUUUUAGAAGUCCCAUUAAGUAUUUUAUCUUAAGAGGUGAACGAAGAUGGUAUGUGUAUCCUGCGCUGUUAACCGUUGCAUGAAAUACCCCUUCAGUUUUUUGGCCACCGUUCUCAACUCAAAUUAUGUGCGCUUGAUAUAAUAAAAAUGUUAGAUUCAAAUUUAUUUCAUAUGACGUCACUGUAACAAGCUACGUCAAUACAAAAACCUUAUCUUUGCAGAAUCUUGCAUCUUACUACAAAAAGGCAAAUAAAUAAAAAUGCUGCCAACUAUUUCAUAUCUUGAUUUGAUUGCGUAUUAUUAACCGUUGCGUAUUAUUGAUUCAAGAAAUUAAUUUGAAUCUACUAUUCUGAUGUUGAAUGUACCAUGGAUACUUAUAUGGGUAGUAGAAAAUAAUUGUUGAUUCUUGUUUAAUUGUGAAACAUUAAUAUAAACUGUAGCACUACUGAAAAUUAUUUGCACAAAUCUAAUGUACCUUAUAAAAAACUUAAAAUGUAAUAGUUUUUUUUUUGCUAAAACCUGUAAAAAAACAAAAAUUUUAUGUUUGAAGUUGAAAGUGCUUUUUUUGCAUUACUAAUCCAUGGC